CUUCCUCAACUACGUAGUUCCACCCACCGGUCGACUUCGGACCAAUGACAGGGCCGUCGCUCUCCCUUUGUCAAGUGUGUCGCUUGGCACCGAUGAGCUUGUUGAAGCGUCUCCUCACUGACUCCCCGGCGAAGGAGGCGGCGCGCAGAUCGUCAAGUGGACGCUCAUCCUCUUUCCACUACUUUUCUCCACUUCCUGAAGACAGGUCCAUCUCCAUCUCCAUCUUCAUCUUCUUCGGCUCUUUGGCUGUUUUUUUUAAGCAGCAGCCGCCAUGAAAAUAGCGUCUUUCAACAUCCAGAAGUUUGGACGAAACAAAGUGUCCGACCCGGAGGUCCUUCAGAUCCUGGUGCAGAUUAUCCGUCGCUAUGACAUCAUCGUGAUCCUGGAGGUGGUGGACAUCAGCGGCACGUCGGUCCAAACCCUCCUGGAUGCGCUCAACACGUCCAACGUGCCUCAUCACUACACUCUGAAGAUCAGCACUCGGCUGGGACGAUCCCAUUACAAGGAGCAGUUCAUGUUCCUCUACAGGGACGACUUGGUGGACCUGGUGGGCUCGUAUCAAUUUGAUGACCAGGUGACGGAUAGCGGCGAUGUCUUCGCCAGGGACCCUUACAUCCUGAGAUUCCAAUGUCACCAAACAGUGUUGAAGGACCUGGUGAUGAUCCCCGUCCACACCAAACCGGAGGACUCGGAGACGGAGCUGGACGAGCUCUUUGACGUCUUUGAGCAUGUCAAGAUGAAGUGGCGAACUGAUAACGUAAUGAUCUUGGGCGACUUCAACGCGGACGGCGCGUACGUCUCCAAGCGCGAGAUGCAGCGCAUCCGCAUCCGCAGUGAUAAAAACUUUCACUGGCUGAUUGGAGAUGACGUCGACACCACGGCCAGCAUGGGAAACACCAAUACAUAUGACAGGAUCGUGGUCUACGGAGACGACAUGCUUCGCGCCAUGGUGCCAAACUCCGCCAAACCCUUCAACUUCCAGAAAGAAUUCGGCCUCAGCAAUGAGCAGGCGCUUAAGGUGAGCGACCAUUAUCCAGUGGAAGUUGAGCUGAGGUCUCUCACCACGCCACGACAAGAAAAUGAAGCAGGUCCACAUUUGGACAGUGAACUGCUGGAGUUGCAACGAGGAAACCUGUUAUUGGAGCGCGAGAAACUCAAGCUGGAGAUCCAGAUCCUGCAGAUGAAACUGGCCAAGAUGAGGCAAGGGGAUGAAGAACAACAACUGCUGCAAUACCUGCCACGCCAGCAGCCAACCUCGAGCUGCAAAAUGCUGUGAGAUCAUAAAACCUUGUUCGAUGUUUCGGGCUGAGGCCAACAGACUCGUUUACGAGUCAAAUCUGGAAGUCCGCAAGGUGAGGGUGACAAUAGUACAUUUCAAUACCAUUCUGCUGAACAUGAGACCUCUGAGUCAGUUACAGCUGUAUACAAUCACUUCCACUAGUUGAGUAGUUAAACAAGGCACAACCACUUUUACCUCAGAUAAAUAAAUCCACUUUAUGGAGACAUUUCAUGACCAAUUAAUUUUUUUUCUUGCAAGUUUUUAAUGAUAUUUUUAUAUUACUACUAUAAUGGUACGCAUAUAGACCCUUGUGGAAUUCCGCAUCCCUUUUAAAGCAUAUGAGACAUGUUUUGUUUUUUUGCCAGCUCAAUUGCUAUGUGCAUUCUACUGUAUCAAAACAUCAUGCAGCUGUUCAAUAUUUAUACAUUAUAUAUCAUAUACACAGUAGAUAUAUUUUUGGGACGUUGGGAUCUCUGUGCAAAAUGGAAAACAUAUUCAAUCUAUAGACGAUCGAUGAAAUAUUUUUGGGAUGAGUAUGAAAAAAUAUAAAUUUUAAAAAUAUUCUUUGAAGCUGUGCUUUGUGUGUGUGUGUGGGGGGGGGGGCAGUGAAGAUAUCCUACACAUCACACAAUGUACAUCUUUUUGGUGAUAUUCUGCCUCCUGUAGGUACUUUGUAAUCACAGUCCAUGAGGGACUCUUUCCGAUUUCAAUCAUAUACUCUAACUACAUAAGAGAUAGAGCAAAGUGGAGGUGAUUUCAAAGCAUUUUAUUAGUCUCGCCCUCCUUUACAAUAAAAGGUCCUCAAAAAAAAAAAAAAAUAAAACACGUUUUUGAUUAUAUUCUUGUAUUUUAAGUACAUAAUUUUGACAGCAACCAACCUUUUAUUUGAAAAUGGCUGGUCAGUGUUUGACGACAGGUGUUUAUGACAAGAAAAUAUCACGGUGUGAAACCUGGCGUUACAAGCUGUACACUGACUCCAGUUAACACUGCCUGGGAACCGUCAUGGGGG